UAGGAACUUCCAUCUUUGGUGACAUUAUUACCCGGACUGUCAACCACGCUGUACACUGUUACGUCCUGACGUCAUACGCUCCGACACAUUUCUCGUAAAAAUAGUAGUAACUCCGAUUGCCGGUGUGAUCAGUGCUGCAUCAGAUCAUUCUGUCUGUUGCUCAAUGGUUUGAACGGGAUGGAGGAUGAGGACGAUUGCCCAGAAUUGGUGCCAAUUGACGUGCAGUCUGGUACACCUGCAGAGCAGAUCCCUGUCACCAUCAUCACUGGCUAUCUUGGAGCUGGAAAGACCACCCUCUUGAAUUACAUCUUAACAGAACAACACAACAAGCGGAUUGCAGUCAUACUGAAUGAAUUCGGUGAAGGAAGCGCACUUGAGAAGUCCCUCGCCGUGAGCCAUGCUGGAGAACUUUACGAGGAGUGGCUAGAGCUGAGGAAUGGCUGCCUCUGCUGCUCUGUCAAGGACAAUGGGCUCAAAGCUAUCGAGAACCUGAUGGAGAAGAAGGGCAAGUUUGACUAUAUCCUCUUAGAAACCACAGGACUUGCUGACCCAGGUGCCGUGGCUUCCAUGUUUUGGGUCGACGCAGAGCUCGGCAGUGACAUCUAUCUGGAUGGCAUUGUGACCGUCAUUGACGCCAAGUAUGGACUCCAGCAUUUAACAGAGGAAAAACCUGAUGGACUUGUGAAUGAGGCAGAAAGGCAGAUUGCACUCGCAGACCUGACAAUUAUCAACAAGACUGAUCUGGUGAAGGAGACGGAACUUGUUCAACUCCGAGAUGCAGUCAGGUCGAUAAACGGUGUGGCGAAGAUCCUGGAAACCCAAAGAUCAAGGGUGUCCCUCUCAGAAGUUCUUGACCUCCACGCUUUUGACUGUAAUGAUGGAGCAAAUCUUGCAGAGAAGCUGCACCUUGUGAAACCAAGCAGACCUCAUCUUGACAAGAGUAUUUUAACAGUGACCUUUGAAGUGGCGGGAAGUCUUUCAGAAGAUGCUCUGAAUGUUUUCAUUCAGGAUCUCCUCUGGGAAAAGACGCUGAGGAACAAAGAGGGGCAACCCAUGACUGUCAUCCGCUUAAAGGGAAUGGUGUCGCUGGCAGCCAAAGCACACCAAUUUAUGCUGCAGGGGGUCCACGAACUGUAUGAGCUGAAUGAGACUCCCCAGCUUUGGGAGGAGCAGUCGCGGAUCAACCGGCUGGUCUUUAUAGGGAGGAACUUGGACAAAGAUAUUCUCCAACAACAGUUCAUCUCCACUGUGCUACAAAGACACAAAUAAUUUGAAGUGCUUCUCCUGGAAAGCAGCCAGUCUUCUGAUUUUGGUCAAUCAAGAGAUUGAUUGAGCGUCAUGUAGGCACGGAAUAUAAUAAAGGAUACCAGAGGUUAGCUAAUGGUAAUGUAAAGUCCAGAGACUCCAGACAUUUUACUUUGAAAAGUGGCAUCUGAUUAUGCUGAUGUUUAUAUUACAAAUGUACUACGCUCAUGGGGUAUGCAGUACAAGUUACAAGUAACAGAUUACAAGACCGUAUUUUUAUUGACAUUGGAAAUUUCACUGUGCAAUGAAAGUCAUGUAUCUGCAACUAUUGUUUAUCCUCACAAUAAACAAACAAUUUGAUUUA